AUGACCACCGCUAUCAAUGACACCGACAUCAAUGAGCUCAACAAUGAACUCAUUAAUUCACUUGAAGCUCCCCACUCGGAUGUCGAUCUGGAUGCCCUAUUCUAUCGCUCGUUUUGCUUCUCUUUCUGCGGCACAGAAGAACACAGUCUCCCCUGGUCAUUAGGCGAAGUUUUCGGUUUUCCCACAGAACUUGCAGAAUUCAACGACUUCAAGCUGAAUGAUGACACUUCGGAAAUUCCUAGAAAGAGGAAACAUGAGGGCGGCGACCGAGAGGACGAGCCACUCUGCGGCGGACGUACUAGGAUAUCAAACGGCGAUGGUCUACUUCCUAGCUUGAACUGCCUCUCUAAUGUGGAUCUUCAAGCUCAGCGGGUCUUUGAGGCUUAUCAAAACGAGCAUAAAUGUCGUUUGAAAAGCAGAGAUAGGAAGGUUAGCACUCACGCCCGUUGGCAAUCUGAACCUAUUGCUGCAAAGAUCGAUGCGCAUAAUAAACGUGAAGUUUUCAGCCCCUGUAUUACACUUCCCAAAUCUGCCGGAUCCCCAAGCACCUCUGGUAUCUCGGUUCCAACAGUGAAGCGAUACCAUGACAACACGAAAUCCAUACCGAACUCUCCAUCUAGAGCAAGACUCACUCCUCGCGAUAUGAAUAUAGAAGACUCUCUUGUUCCCUAUACGCAACAGUCCUUGCCGAGUACGCUACAGUCAUCGAUCUCUCCCCUGCUUAACGAAACCGAGGACUAUGGGCUGGGGAUCUCAUUUUCACCGACUCUUCUCGAUUUCGGCCUCGGCUACUCAGGUUCACUUUCAGACACAUUUCAAGAUCAUCCUUUACCAACUCAAUCAUCCACUGAACCCUCUUCAACCUCCAAAGUCUUGGCCAUCUCAACGCCCAAGGAGCGUCCCCCACGUCGUCGGCGAUCCCGUACAGUGCUUGAAGAGCUGCCUCGAUUCAUUUCCACCUUCCCUGCCGAUCUUACAAGACCUGUUGAACCCAUACUAGAAUGUCGUUUAACUGCAUCCAGCCUCACGAGCUCGCAUGACAGUGACGGAGAGAAUGUCACUGACAGUUGCUCGGAGGACGAAGAACAUCUGACGCCUAGUUCUCCUCUUGCACGGUUCUCCAAGUGGUCUGCAGCUCUUCCUUUCUCAGCUUGA